GGAUUUGGACUGAAAGAGAAAGAGAGAUAGAGGGAGGGAGAAAGAGAGAGAGGUUGAGAGUGAAUGACUGAGAGGCAGUGAGUGAGUGGAAGGGAGACUGAGAGAGAGAAAGUGGGAGUAAGAUAGAGAGGGAAAGAUUGAACGAGUUGGAGAGGUUUCGAAAGAGAAAUUGGUGAGAGACAGAUUGAGAGGUGAGUGAGAAACUGAGAGACAGAGAGAGUGAGUGUGAGCGAAAGAGAGGCUGAGAAGCUGAGGGAGAAAGACAGGGAGGGAGCGGGAGUGUGAGAGAGGCAGUGCGUGUGAGAAGGAGAGAGAGAAAUAGAACGAGGGAGAGUGGGCGAACAGAAAGGAAAAUGGGGAGAGAAUGAAAAAGUGUGCAACAGCAGGAGAGUGAAAGAGCGAGUGAAAGAGCGAGUGAAAGAGCGAGUGAAAGAGCGAGUGAAAGAGCGAGUGAAAGAGCGAGUGAAAGGGAGAGAGAAAGGGAGAGAGAAAUAGGGAGCAAAAGAAAAAGAGACAGAGGUUAAAACACAAAGAGAUAAAAACAGAACGAGGAAGAAAGGAACUGGGUUCAGGACCAAAAGUUGUGAACAGAUUCCAGGAGUGGACGGCGCCGCUGAGGGAAAAGGGCCCCCGGUGUCCUGCUGACCUGCCAUGACUGGGGUGAUGAGCGCUGGCUCGAUGGAGCAGAUGGAACUCAGUUCCCACAAGGACACUCUCUGUUUCCAGAUAUUUCCUGACCCCUCGGACUUUGAACAUUGCUGCAGACUGAAGGACCGUCUCCCAUCCAUCGUGGUGGAACCGAGCGAGGGAGAGGUUGAGAGUGGGGAGCUGCGAUGGCCGCCAGAGGAGUUGGUGGUCACUGAGGAGCCCAGCCAGAAAGUCUGCGAAGAGGGUGAGACCCAGGUUAGCAUGGAGCAAUAGCUGAACCCAUCGCUAACAAGAAAUAAACUGAGUGCGUGUGGAGAAGGUGAGAGGAGAGAGACCUUCCCACUGAGAACUACAACUGGGAGAAGGACCACACUUGAGGCCUGGUAUGAGUAAUCUUGGCCUGGUAUUUCUGGAGCUUUCCGGUGAUCUCAGACCCCAUCGGCUUGCUGUAAGAUUGGGUUGUCCUUGUAGACAGAUAGAUUCUUCCAUCCUUCACAAAGCCUUGGAACUACCACUAUUUCCUCAACAUUCUGUUGACCGAACUGCGAGAUCCGACAUGAAAAUCGAGGGUAGUUCUGCUUCGGCCUGCUGCUGCAUAUUCCAUGGCAGUUGCCACAAAUGCCAUGAGCCAUACUGAAAGCUAUAAAUAGUUCAAUAAGUCUUAGUUCAAUAAGUUCAAUAAGGCUUAGAAAGUCGCAGGGCCCCCACCCGCCACCCCCAUAAUUCCCCGAGCGAUUGAAAUGGGCCAGUCCUGGCUCCAGGUGCCACACAGGUCUGGACCGUACCAUUGACGCUCGGAAGGAGGGCAGAUGUUGGCCUGGUUCACCUUGGCUGUGCCAUUGUGUAUCUUUAUUUCAUAUCCAUGGAUCUGUGAGCCAGCUGUUGGUGGACUCUCCUGUGGAAGGGACCGGUCACUCCUGGUCACUCGGUGGUCACUCGCCACUCAGCUCCGGUCACUUUUUGCAGGCAUUUCCCAUUUUCCACCAUCAUGCGGGUGGUUUGGGAUCCCUGUGGGUGUGUUCUCACAGCUCAUGGGGCUCGAAUCCUGGGUUAACAACCGAUAAACAAUGGCCUGAUUUUCUGAAUCCCAAGUGUUUGUACUGUGGGCAAUAUCUGUACCGUGUGGAGUAACCCAAUAAAGAUCAUUUCAUUUUC